CUUCUCCAGUUCUCCCUCACAGUCACAAAGAUAUUGGGUUGGGUCAUAUUGCCAAGGCUAAUUCUGGGACUAAUGUCGGAAAUGGAAAAUGAACAACAUUUUGAUGUCAUCAAAGGGUUACACGUCAAACACUUGAAUGAUGUACUGGAAAAAAUUUUCAAGUACUUGGAUGCUGAAAGCCUACUAAAUGCAGAACUCACUUGUAAAGCUUGGAAAGCAGCUGCUUCUGUUGUGAAUCAAAAGAAACUGUGGAAGUUGUUGCUUAAAAAAAAGAUGUCAUAUUCACCGCUGUGGGAGAGAAUUAACUAUUGCCUAAAAUCAAAAUUCCUACAAACAUCCAGAUCCAGUGAUAGUUUUUCAUCCCGGAAUAUCUUCAACAAAUUUGAUUAUACUGCUAAAGCUCUACAAAAUAACUGGCUGAAAAAUGACUUGACCAGGGACUAUGUUGAUUGUGAUGUUGGAUUGCGGAGGUGUGUCUUCCAGAUGCGCAACAAAUUCAUUUCUUUGUGGGAACCCACCAGUGGUAUAUUUAAAAUUUGGAACAGAGUUACAUUGAAAGUGGAAGAGGUUUAUCAGGGACCUCCACUUCAAUUUGAUUUAGAUUUUGAAUUGUAUGAACAUGCACUGAUGUAUUCAUUGAAUGGACAUAUUUACAUAAGAAAUCUCACCACCAAAACGACAAAAAUUCAUAAACCUUUUGGAUCGGAUAAUGGGAAAUCGAUAAGCUAUUUUCGCAUCGAAAACGGAUAUCUCUGUGCUACUGUUGGCCAAAAGAAUCGCUUAAACUUCCGUAGCGAUGUUGUUGUCUGGAAAAUGAAAUCUCCAACUGAAAUUGAAUGGGAGAAUCCCAAGACAGUUCCAUCCGUGAGAAUGGACAACACAAGAAUCUCAGUGGAUAGCAACUUCAUUAUUGCUGCUCAUCAUGGAACGUCUGACACUAUUUGUGACGUAUAUCUCAUGUCAAAACCUCAGGGAAAACCAAAAUUCAUAAAACUUCCGGUGGGACGUCCUGAACUUUUAUUUCAAGAUGGUAUUCUUCUCAUGGUCACGAAUGAAGGCGAAAUCAAAAUCGUAGAUGUGGCGACGAGUAACUCGAGAAUUAUUGCCAAUAUUGGGGUGGAUUUUUCGGGACGCAGUAAUUUCUUGAGAAUUCAUUCUGGCUAUAUAUUUGCCUUUUCCCUUGUUGGAUGCUCACAUGGAUCUCGAAUUCAAAUUUGGGAUUUCAAAAAAGCCACUGAUCCCACAACGAAUCUGCCUCUUCCGCCAUUUUGCUCUCAUACUGUGUAUAUGGAACCACCGCUGGUACUUCACGCUGACGCAUUUGGAGUACUGACAGUGAACCGAGAAAUUGGACCUGUGAAUUCGCGCGAUAUCAUAUGGGCACUCAAUUUUCUACCAAUCUGCAAUUUUUGCAAACAGGUUAAGAAACGUUUACCUAAAUGUGCUUCAUGUAAGUCGGCCAAAUAUUGCAGUUCCAUUUGUCAGAAAGCUGACUGGAAUCAUCACAGGGAUUUGUGCCGAAAAACCAGAGACUAUGAAGAGAAAAAUGCUCCCUUUACUUUGGCUUAAAUUAUGGGUUUGCCGAUUGGUUAAGCAAUGGACUAAAGGGGUUUUCAUGAUUUAUGGAUUUUAAAAUUUAUUAAAUCCUACUUUUCUUUCGACCAAGACAUUUGUUAAUCUAGAGAAUGUAUCGCCGGAAAAGUAAUCGUGCUUAAAAUUUUCCUUUUUAAGUAAUUAUGCUUGCACCUAAUGUUGAGGAUUGCGAUCAUUUUUGUCUCACUGCUGGUUUUGAUUGUUGUUGUCGUUUGGUUUCCUUAGAUCUAACCCGGAUUUUGUACGUAAUCGUAUUUUAUUUUGUUUUUAAAACGAAAUAAUAUACCUCCUUCUUUUAAUUGUUA